CAAUUGCCUCACCACUUGUGUUGGGAUUGCUGCAAUAAAUAUGGCCGCUCCUCGCUCUCUGAUGCGGCUGGGCUCUGGCCGCUCCCUGGCGUCGGCCGCCCGGUCAUCCCGCAAUUGCCGUGCCUUUUCUUCGACCCCUCUGCAGCAGGUAGCCAAGGCGACAACGGCUGGCACUGAUACCCCCAACAUGCGUCACGCAGCGCGGCCUCCCCCCGGUCCUCUCCGCGCUCCCGUCGUCAACCCGGCCGACAAGUACCAGGACAAGGCCGAUAGCCUGCACCAGUACGGUCAAUACAUAAUGGCCUGUCUGCCCAAGCACGUUCAGCAAUUCUCCGUUUGGAAGGAUGAGCUCUGCAUUUACGUCCCUCCCUCCGGCAUUAUCCCAACGUUCACCUUCCUCAAAUAUCACACCUCGGCUGAAUUCACGACUGUCUCCGAUAUUACCGCUGUUGAUUACCCAACUAAGGAUCAGCGCUUUGAGGUUGUCUACAAUCUUCUCAGUGUUCGAUACAACUCACGCAUUCGUGUCAAGACCUACGCCGACGAGGCCAGCCCUGUGCCCAGUAUCACUGGAUUGUAUGAAGGAGCUUUGUGGUACGAGCGUGAGGUGUACGAUUUGUUCGGCGUUUUCUUCACUGGUCAUCCGGAUCUGCGCCGUAUCAUGACGGACUAUGGUUUCGACGGCCACCCUCUGCGCAAGGACUUCCCUAUGACUGGAUACACUGAGCUCCGAUACGACGAGGAGAAGAAGCGCAUUGUCAUUGAGCCCCUUGAACUUACUCAAGCGUUCCGAAACUUCGAGGGAGGUACCACGGCCUGGGAGCCUGUUGGUGCUGGUCGGGAUAGGACUCCCGAGUCGUUCAAACUCGCCAGUCCCAAGCCUGAGCCGCCCAAGGAGGAAGAAAAGAAAUAGAAACUCUGUACCCGUAACUCUCUGUUUUGCUAGUUCUGUAUGUACAUACCACCGUGUCUACGUUAGAUGGAACUAUCGGUGUU